UCUGUGCCGCUCGUGCUAUCGGUUUUACUCCCAUCACUACCUCGCCGCUUUUUUCCGCCGCUGUUUUUAAUUUUCUUAAUAAAAACAAAACAAAAACAAACUAGCCAGCAAUAAUGCCGUAUGCCAAUCAACCCAACGUGCAGAUAACCGAGCUAACGGACGACAAUGUGAAAUUCGUGCUGGAGGACACCGAGCUCAGCGUGGCCAACAGUCUGCGGCGCGUUUUCAUUGCCGAGACUCCAACGCUGGCCAUCGACUGGGUGCAACUAGAAGCCAACUCCACAGUGCUGUCGGACGAGUUUCUGGCCCAUCGCAUCGGGCUGAUUCCGUUGAUAUCCGACGAUGUGGUCGAGCGUCUCCAGUACACGCGGGAUUGCAUCUGCCUGGACUUCUGUCCCGAAUGCAGCGUGGAGUUCACCCUUGACGUCAAGUGCAACGAGGAGCAGACGCGCCACGUGACUACCGCUGACCUGAAGUCCAGCAAUGCAAAAGUGCUGCCGGUAACCUCCCGUAACCAGGGAGAGGAGGAUAACGAAUACGGCGAAAGCAGUGAUGAGAUCCUAAUUAUAAAACUGAGGAAGGGACAGGAACUGAAGCUGCGUGCCUAUGCCAAGAAGGGCUUUGGAAAGGAGCACGCCAAGUGGAACCCCACCGCCGGCGUGUGCUUCGAAUACGAUCCGGAUAACUCCAUGCGGCACACCCUCUACCCCAAGCCGGACGAGUGGCCCAAGAGCGAGCACACCGAACUGGAGGACGAUCAAUUCGAGGCCCCCUACAACUGGGAGGCCAAGCCAAACAAGUUCUUUUUCAACGUAGAGUCCUCGGGGGCCCUCAAGCCGGAGAACAUCGUCAUUAUGGGCGUCCAAGUGCUGAAGAACAAGCUCUCCAAUCUGCAGACGCAGCUCAGUCACGAGUCGCAAAACGAUGCUUUGGCCGUUUGAAAUGUAUGCAUACAUAUAUUUUUAGUUUAUAAACAAUUUCGACUAAUCCUUGAA